AUGAAACCAAUAACGUUCGAUGUGAUACGAAAUUUGCUGAAAACCAAGAAGAAAGGCAAAGAGAAAGGAAUCGACCAGAGUUUCAAGCGCAGUGAUUCUUUCAAACGCAUCAGCAUACGCAAAAGUUACUUGGAUCGCGGGCGUCGAAAGGCCGUUUUACGCUCAAAAACCGUCCUUGAUCUCAACGAUAUCGAAAUCAAAAGUACCUCAUCGUCGCUCGAACGACGAAACAACAAAAGUCGCGAUGCCAGUCCCGAUGAAGACUUUAGUUCGCAAGAACCUUCGAUAAUUGCCGAACUUGAACGCAAAGAUGCCAGUAUCGAUGAAAAAAUCCGUGCCUUGCAGGAGAUCAACGAUCGUUACAUGCGCGAAAAUCAAAAAGCUAAGUACGUUGAACGGAAAAGUUCAGCAAUUCCGAAGCCGCCGCGGAAUUCAAAGCUGAAAGAACGGAGUGAGAAGAAACAAACGCAAGCAAAAGUCGAAAAAAUCCGGGAAAACGAGGCAAUUAGCAAAGAAAAUAGUAUCUGUGAUAAGACAAACGAUCUCACGAGAAGCUCAAAGACUGUGUCGCAAAUAAAUAUUCUCUUCACGGGCGAGACAAACACGGAUUCUCUCGCAACUUCCGACAAAAGACAUUCAAAUCACCUCGAAGAUGACCAAACUUCAUUCUAUAGUGUCAGUACUUUUACCUUGGAUAGUCAAGCAUAUCAAAAUACCGCAUCAACGCGACAUUCCAACUACUCCCGGAGCAUUUCUUACUCCCAAGCGAUGGAAAAUUCCAAACAAGAACAAGAUAGUUUCCUCACUUUCACAACUUAUUGCCAAUCAACCAAGUCCGACACGAACGAAAACAAGAAAAAUCUCAAAGGCAAGUACUUGGAAACGAGUUUUGAUGGUCCAACUGACACAAAUACGACUCGCAGCAAUACCGAACAAGGAUCAAAACUCGUGAAAAAUACGAAAAAUAUCUCAACUACUAGUCUGGUGUACGAACCAACUUACGUGAAGCCAGUUAUUAACACACAAACGUUUAAAAUGGUGAAGAGCAAGUCCCGUGAAGGCGUGAUAAUUCGGAUUCCCGCAGUAGAAAAUGACAAAAAUGAUCAAAGUAAGCGACAAAGCAGCGAUGAGAACGACGAAAAAGAUCGCCUGAAUCGACAAUCGAGCAAUGAUUCCGCAGUGGAAGCUGAUUCCAAUAGCAGUGUCGAAAAAUUAAACCAAAUUCAGGAAAAAUCGACAAUAAAUGCGACGAUCACGUAUGAAAAAAUUUGCAAAGCUUUCGAAAAACAAGAAGCCAAGUACAAGAAAAACCCGAAAAAGGACAAAAGGAAGGACACGCGACGGGAACGUCUUGAAUCACAUUUGAGUCAAAAACCUUUAAAAGAUAAGCAGGAAGUCCUUUCCGACGAAGGGCUUAUCGCAUCAACGGAAAGUUUGGAAAUUUCAAGUCCAAAAAACGGGACUUUUGAUUUGAAAAGCCCGCGUCACAGCAUGCUCGACUUGCCAAGUAUUAACUGUACGGAUACUUAUGACAAAACGACGUCCGAAAAAUUUACCUUUCCCAAGGAUUAUUUUGAGGAGGAGAAUAAUAUCAGCUAUCGUGUUGAUAGUAAUGACGUUGAAUCGCCCGAAGGCAUCGCAAUUCCGUUAAAAAUCAAAGAAAAUCCGUUCACGAAGCACAAAGAGAUAUCCGCCGUCAAUACGAGUCGGAUUUGGAAACAAGUCAAUCUCGGACAAGAAGAGGAAAUUAUUUCAACGAAUCCGUUGCCGAUGCCUCCAGCUCCUCAACAGCAACUGAGACCCAAAAAUGAAUCCUUUAAGAGCAUGUCUUCGCACGAUUCGGGGUUUAGUUUGACCCUGACAAAGCCGAAAAAUUUAUUUCGGAGGAAAUCGAAGAAGCAACGUCGUAAACCAAAGUUGUCCGUGAGCCGUGAUGGAUAUUUCAAGCGUGUCAUGGUGGUGCAACACAACUCGACGAAACGCAAGAAGAACAACAAGAAACAACGUCCGCAAGGAAAGGACGUGUUUAAGGCGUUAUACGACGAUAAUUGGACCAAAUUAGGUGGUAAUUAUGCCGAUCAAGUGUUGUCGGAAAAUGAUUACGAGAACCAGAGCAUCUUGCGCGACUUUGAAAACUUUUGCAAUCGCAAUAAACACUUCAAUAAAGAAAUUAAUGACCUAGAAGAAUUUUACGAAGAACACUUGAAACGACUGAAACACUAUUAUUUGCAGCGAAAGCAAAUGAACGAGGUGGCAAUUAGGGAAUUUUAUCGUGACUAUGCAAAUGAUGAGGAAUUUUAUGAUGCGCAUAUUGUAUCGCGUAAUGAUACGUUUCGCUUCAAAUGCAAAAAAUCCAGCGAAAAUGGUCGCGAUUCGCCGGAAUAUCUCUUCCCGUAUCCCGACAAACGCAUCGCUCUCGGCAAGAAACGCAGCAAGAUGCAAUUCCCCGAAGUGCGUACCUUCAAAAGUCACAUUCUCGGUACGAAAUAUUCGGAAAUUGCAAGUGCCCGGAACGAAACACUCGAAAAUCUGAGAAGCAACAAAGAUUUUAAUCAGUUUCCGUAUUGGAAGUUGUCACGCAAGGUAUCGCGCCGUGAAAGAGUCGCUCCUAAAUUCAAAGAUCGCUUUGUCGAUCCGUUCGAGACGGAAAAGAACGAAGUGUCGCUCGCAGAUAUCUUUCCAUCGGUGAAUGAUGAGAUAAAGCCGAAGCAUGACAUCGCAUCCGACAGCGAUGAAUUUAGUGAGCAGGAAUUCAUUGCCAACUGUCUCGGUGGUGACCUUUACUGCUCGACUUGUGAUAAAAAUAACAGUGAUUGCGAGUGCUAUACGGACGACGAGGCAGGGCAGAAAAAGAAGACAAAUGCAAAAAAUACCAUGAAAAGCCUCAAACGACGCCGAUCCAAGAAACGCGUACGAAAGAAUCACUCAACGCUUCGUCGGGAUUAUUUUUAUGAAAUGGAUAAAAUUCGUCGUCGUCGCGAAACCAGUUAA